AGUAAUUCCAGAAAGACAUCAACUGACCAGAGAAAGAGACAAACUACAGACAAGUUACAGUGAAAUGAGAAGCCUCAAUCACAACCUGACCAACGAGAGAGACGAAAUGAAAAGCCUCAAUCACAACCUGAUGAGCCAGUUACAGAACCAGACAGACUAUUUGAAUGCCACAGUCAGCGAACUCAACAAAACAAUAGAUGAACUACAAAAACAUAUUGAGACAACGUGGUGUCCAGACUAUUGGACAACAUUUGGCAAGAGUUGUUAUUUGAUGUCAAAGUCCCUGGAAAUCUGGCCUAACAGCAAAAGAGACUGUGAAACUCGUGGUGCACACCUGGUGAUCAUAUCAAGUCUAGAGGAACAGGAAUUCAUCAGCUCAUUUAACCAGCGUGUCUGGAUUGGUCUGACUGAGGUAGAGAGAGAAAACAACUGGAAAUGGAUAGAUGGAACAGCAGCUUCCACAACGUACUGGGUAAGAGGCGAGCCAAAUAACAGCUUUGAAGACUGUGUUGAGCUAAUUGGUCCGGCUCCUGCAACAGCAAACUGGAAUGAUUUAAGAUGUGGUGUUGAUUUAUACUUUAUCUGUGAGAUAAUGUUUCAAUAAAAUCAAAUUAGUACUGUAUGCGUUUGGACUGAUUCAUCUGUUUUGCUCUCAUGUAAAAUAUCAAUAAUGUACUGUACGUUUCUCCUCUUCUGACUGAGUGCAUCUCUCUCAUGUAUGUUUAUAUUCGUUCAUUUGUGAUGGUGAUAUAAUAAAACAUUUGCCUCUCAUGUCGCAA